AUGGGAACUUCGAGUGCAAAUGACAUGGACGUGGUCGUGGACGUGGACGUGGACGUGGACAUGGACAUGGACAUGGACGUGGACAUGGACGUGGACGUGGACAUGGACAUGGACGUGGACGUGGACGUGGACGUGGACGUGGACGUGGACGUGGUCGUGGACAUGGUCGUGGACGUGGUCGUGGACAUGGACGUGGACGUGGACGUGGACGUGGACGUGGACGUGGACAUGGACGUGGACAUGGACGUGGACGUGGACGUGGACGUGGACAUGGACGUGGACGUAGACGUAGACGUGGACGUGGACGUGGACAUGGACAUGGACGUGGACGUGGACGUGGACGUGGAGGACGUAGACGUGGACGUGGACGUGGACGUGGACGUGGACGUGGACGUGGAGAACUUGGACGUGGACAUGGACGUGAACGUGGACGUGGACGUGGACGUGGAGGACUUGGACGUGGACAUGGACGUGGACGUGGAGUGGACGUGGACGUGGACGUGGACUGGACGUGGAGUGGACGUGGACGUGGACGUGGACGUGGACGUGGACGUGGACGUGGAGGACGUGGACGUGGACGUGGACGUGGAGAACUUGGACGUGGACAUGGACGUGAACGUGGACGUGGACGUGGACGUGGACGUGGACAUGGACGUGGACGUGGACGUGGACAUGGACGUGGACGUGGACGUGGACGUGGACGUGGACGUGGACAUGGACGUGGACGAGGACUUGGACGUGGACAUGGACGUGGACGUGGACGUGGACAUGGACGUGGACGUGGACGUGGACGUGGACGUGGACGUGGACAUGGACGUGGACGUGGACGUGGACGUGGACGUGGACAUGGACGUGGACAUGGACGUGGACGUGGACGUGGACGUGGACAUGGACGUGGACGUGGACAUGGUCGUGGACGUGGACAUGGACGUGGACGUGGACGUGGACAUGGACGUGGACGUGAACAAGACGUGGACUGGACGUGGAGUGGACGUGGACGUGGACAUGGACGUGGACGUGGACGUGGACGUGGACGUGGACGUGGACGUGGAGAACUUGGACGUGGACAUGGACGUGAACGUGGAUGUGGACGUGGACGUGGACGUGGACGUGGACGUGGACGUGGAGAACUUGGACGUGGACAUAGACAUGGACAUGGACGUGGACGAGGACUUGGACGUGGACAUGGACGUGGACGUGGACGUGGACAUGGACGUGGACGUGGACGUGGACGUGGACAUGGACGUGGACGUGGACGUGGACGUGGACAUGGACCUGGACGUGGACGUGGACGUGGACGUGGACAUGGACGUGGACGUGGACAUGGUCGUGGACGUGGACAUGGACGUGGACGUGGACGUGGACAUGGACGUGGACGACGUGGACAUGGACGUGGACAUGGACGUGGACAUGGAAGUGGACGUGGACGUGGACGUGGACAUGGACGUGGACGUAGACGUAGACGUGGACGUGGACGUGGACAUGGACGUGGACGUGGACGUGGACGUGGACGUGGAGGACGUGGACGUGGACGUGGACGUGCACGUGGACGUGGAGAAACGUGGACUGGACGUGGACGUGGACGUGGACGUGGACGUGGACGUGGACGUGGACGUGGAGGACGUGGACGUGGACGUGGACGUGGACGUGGAGAACUUGGACGUGGACAUGGACGUGAACGUGGACGUGGACGUGGACGUGGAGGACUUGGACGUGGACAUGGACGUGGACGUGGACAUGGACGUGGACGUGGACGUGGACGUGGACGUGGAGGUGGACGUGGACGUGGACGUGGACGUGGACAUGGACCUGGACAUGGACGUGGACGUGGACGUGGACGUGGACAUGGACGUGGACGUGGACAUGGUCGUGGACGUGGACGUGGACGUGGACGUGGACAUGGACGUGGACGUGAACAAGACGUGGACUGGACGUGGAGUGGACGUGGACGUGGACGUGGACGUGGACGUGGACGUGGACGAGGACGUGGACGUGGACGUGGACGUGGACGUGGACGUGGAGGACGUGGACGUGGACGUGGACGUGGACGUGGAGAACUUGGACGUGGACAUGGACGUGAACGUGGACGUGGACGUGGACGUGGAGGACUUGGACGUGGACGUGGACGUGGACGUGGACAUGGACGUGGACGUGGACGUGGACGUGGACGUGGACAUGGACGUGGACGUGGACGUGGACGUGGACGUGGACGUGGACAUGGACCUGGACAUGGACGUGGACGUGGACGUGGACGUGGACAUGGACGUGGACGUGGACAUGGUCGUGGACGUGGACGUGGACGUGGACGUGGACAUGGACGUGGACAUGGACGUGGACGUGGACGUGGACAUGGACGUGGACAUGGACGUGGACGUGGACGUGGACAUGGACGUGGACAUGGACGUGGACGUGGACGUGGACGUGGACGUGGACGUGGACGUGGAGGUGGACGUGGACGUGGAGGACGUGGACGUGGACGUGGAGGACGUGGAGAACUUGGACGUGGACAUGGACGUGAACGUGGACGUGGACGUGGACGUGGAGGACUUGGACGUGGACAUGGAAGUGGACGUGGACGUGGACAUGGACGUGGACGUGGACGUGGACGUGGACAUGGACGUGGACGUGGACGUGGACGUGGACAUGGACCUCGACAUGGACGUGGACGUGGACGUGGACGUGGACAUGGACGUGGACGUGGACGUGGACGUGGACGUGGACGUGGACAUGGACGUGGACAUGGACGUGGACGUGGACGUGGACAUGGACGUGGACGUAGACGUAGACGUGGACGUGGACGUGGACAUGGACGUGGACUGGACUGGACGUGGAGUGGACGUGGACGUGGACGUGGACGUGGACGUGGACGUGGACGAGGACGUGGACGUGGACGUGGACGUGGACGUGGACGUGGACGUGGAGGACGUGGACGUGGACGACUUGGACGUGGACGUGGACGUGGACGUGGACAUGGACGUGGACGUGGACGUGGACGUGGACGUGGACAUGGACGUGGACGUGGACGUGGACGUGGACGUGGACAUGGACCUGGACAUGGACGUGGACGUGGACGUGGACGUGGACAUGGACGUGGACGUGGACAUGGUCGUGGACGUGGACAUGGACGUGGACGUGGACAUGGACGUGGACGUGAACAAGACGUGGACACGUGGACGUGGACGUGGACGUGGAGGUGGACGUGGACGUGGAGGUGGACGUGGAGUGGACGUGGACGUGGACGUGGACGUGGACGUGGACGUGGACGUGGACGUGGAGGACGUGGACGUGGACGUGGAGGACGUGGAGAACUUGGACGUGGACAUGGACGUGAACGUGGACGUGGACGUGGACGUGGAGGACUUGGACGUGGACAUGGAAGUCGACGUGGACGUGGACAUGGACGUGGACGUGGACGUGGACGUGGACGUAGACAUGGACGUGGACGUGGACGUGGACGUGGACAUGGACCUCGACAUGGACGUGGACGUGGACGUGGACGUGGACAUGGACGUGGACGUGGACGUGGACGUGGACGUGGACAUGGACGUGGACAUGGACGUGGACGUGGACGUGGACAUGGACGUGGACGUAGACGUAGACGUGGACGUGGACGUGGACAUGGACGUGGACUGGACUGGACGUGGAGUGGACGUGGACGUGGACGUGGACGUGGACGUGGACGUGGACGUGGACGUGGAGGACGUGGACGUGGACGUGGACGUGGACGUGGACGUGGACGUGGAGAACUUGGACGUGGACAUGGACGUGAACGUGGACGUGGACGUGGACGUGGAGGACUUGGACGUGGACGUGGACGUGGACGUGGACAUGGACGUGGACGUGGACGUGGACGUGGACGUGGACAUGGACGUGGACGUGGACGUGGACGUGGACAUGGACCUGGACAUGGACGUGGACGUGGACGUGGACGUGGACAUGGACGUGGACGUGGACAUGGUCGUGGACGUGGACGUGGACGUGGACGUGGACAUGGACGUGGACAUGGACGUGGACGUGGACGUGGACAUGGACGUGGACAUGGACGUGGACGUGGACGUGGACAUGGACGUGGACAUGGACGUGGACGUGGACGUGGACGUGGACGUGGACGUGGAGGACGUGGACGUGGACGUGGAGGACGUGGAGAACUUGGACGUGGACAUGGACGUGAACGUGGACGUGGACGUGGACGUGGAGGACUUGGACGUGGACAUGGAAGUGGACGUGGACGUGGACAUGGACGUGGACGUGGACGUGGACGUGGACAUGGACGUGGACGUGGACGUGGACGUGGACAUGGACCUCGACAUGGACGUGGACGUGGACGUGGACGUGGACAUGGACGUGGACGUGGACAUGGUCGUGGACGUGGACGUGGACGUGGACGUGGACAUGGACGUGGACGACGUGGACGUGGACGUAGACGUGGACGUGGAGAACUUGGACGUGGACAUGGACGUGAACGUGGACGUGGACGUGGACGUGGAGGACUUGGACGUGGACUUGGACGUGGACGUGGACGUGGACUUGGACGUGGACGUGGACGUGGACGUGGACGUGGACGUGGACGAGGACGUGGACGUGGACGUGGACGUGGACGUGGACGUGGAGGACGUGGACGUAGACGUGGACGUGGAGAACUUGGACGUGGACAUGGACGUGAACGUGGACGUGGACGUGGACGUGGAGGACUUGGACGUGGACAUGGACGUGGACGUGGACGUGGACAUGGACGUGGACGUGGACGUGGACGUGGACGUGGACAUGGACCUGGACAUGGACGUGGACGUGGACGUGGACGUGGACAUGGACGUGGACGUGGACAUGGUCGUGGACGUGGACAUGGACGUGGACGUGGACGUGGACAUGGACGUGGACGUGAACAAGACGUGGACGUGA